ACACAAGCCCAGUACAGUACUUGGUAGCCCGUAGCCUCGCCCUGGUCGCCCAACUGCUCCCCUUCCUCUCCUCUUCCCAUCUCGUCUUCUUCUCUACGCUGCGUCCUGUCUCGUCUCAAGCUCCGAAUCAAUCUCAUUCUCACCUCAAGCAUCUCUCGCAACGCGAUGGCUUUCUUUGGACUUUUCGUUGAGGAGCCAGUGGGUGGAGGUUUCAACGGUCCUGCUGCCGCGUACUACCUGAAGCUUUCUUGUGACACCUGUGGAGAGCCUACCACCAGAGACGUGUGCCUUGUGCCUGGGCCAGAUUCGUGCACCAACCUGCCCGGAAUCAAGAACCAGUGGAGGUAUACUUGCUACCCCACCUGCCCGGAUUCAGGACACGUAGUAGUCCGUAAGUGCAAGGUGUGCUCUGCCUUGGGCUCGGUGGCUCUGCUGCCAGGACACGGGAAGGCAUUGACUACAAGUUCUAGAACCAUGGUAAUGAUGCUCCAGUCCAAGGGAUACACUCCCACCAAUUUCGCCCCAGGAAGUAGGUGGGUUGCCACCAAGGUUACUGGGUACCGUUGUGAGCUGGAGUUGACCGCAGACCACUUCAAGGGGUACGAUGGUACCAUCACCAUCCCAAGUACUUCUACCAAAUUCUCUGUGGAGAAGCUGAAGAGGGCAGAGGUGCCUACCUCUUUACUAGGUCUGCUCCCUGGGAAGAGGACUGCUUGAUACUACCAAUGGAAACUCAGAAAAGACAAGUGAUUGAGCGAAAAUAAUUUGUGUUGCUUUAAACUAUCAUCUGUAAGACGUUGGAAACUUGCAAUGUUAGUUCUCUGCUA